UCAAUAUAUUAUUCUCGUUUUCUUCGUCUCAAGCCCCUUCUUCCCUUUCCUUCUUCUUCAUCUGUUUCAAUCUGUACAAUAAAAAAUUCAAUUCAAUUCUCAACUACACACACACAUAUACGACGCCGUUUCAUACGAAUCAAAUAUCAUCCGAUUCUGUUCCUUUCAUCCUAAUUAUAUUGAAAAAAAUCAACUUCAUAUUCACUGAUUUUACUUUCUAUACAGUACGACGCCGUUUCAUACACAAAAUAAUACAUAUGACUCUCAUUCGUAUCUAUAUAACUUCAAUCCAAUAAUAACCUCAACUCAAUUUUUAAACGAUCAUCAUCUCAAUAAUAAUAAUAAUAUUUAUUUAUUUAUUUCAUUAUCGAUCCGUGUUUUCUGUAAGGAAAUUUGGCAAUGCAUCGUGUCGGUAUUGCAGGCAGUGCCUCCAAUUCGGUCCGUCCGCGUAAGGAGAAGAGAUUUACUUAUCUAUUGAAUGAUGCCGAUGAUACAAAGCAUUGUGCAGGUGUAAACUGCUUGGCUGUAUUAAAGCCAUCAAAACCAGACAACUCAAGUUACCUCUUUACAGGGAGUCGUGAUGGCACAUUGAAGAGAUGGGAGUUGACCGAUGAGGAUGCUACCUGCUCAGCAACCUUCGAGUCUCAUGUUGACUGGGUGAAUGAUGCUGUCCUUAUAGGAGGGAAAACCCUUGUAUCUUGUUCCUCAGAUACUACCGUCAAGGCAUGGGAUUCCUUUUCUAAUGGAACUUGCAUAAGGACUUUCCGUCAACACACAGAUUAUGUCACGUGUCUUGCUGCAUCAGAAAAAAACAGCAAUCUUGUUGCUUCUGGUGGGCUGGGUGGUGAGGUGUUUGUCUGGGAUCUUGAAGCUGCACUUGCACCCAUCACUAAAUCCACCGAGGCAGCUGAUGAGGAUCGUCCAAUUGGCACCAAUGGAUCAGGCAGCUUGAUGCCCAUUACAAGCCUACGUACUAUUGGCUCAAGUAACAAUAUCUCAUCACAAACAAACCUACCUCAAGGAUAUGUUCCUAUUGCUGCCAAAGGACAUAAAGAGUCUGUGUAUGCAUUGGCAAUGAAUGAUACUGGAACUCUUCUUGUUUCUGGUGGAACAGAGAAGGCUAUACGUGUUUGGGACUCAAGAAGUGGUUCAAAGAUGAUGAAGCUUCGAGGGCAUACAGAUAAUAUCAGGGCUUUGCUCCUCGACUCUACUGGGAGAUUCUGCUUAUCGGGAUCCUCUGAUUCUAUGAUCAGAUUGUGGGAUCUGGGGCAACAGCGAUGCGUGCAUUCAUAUGCUGUUCAUACAGAUUCUGUUUGGGCGCUUGCUAGCACUCCUACUUUCAGUCAUGUUUACAGUGGUGGACGAGAUCUUUCUUUGUACUUAACAGACCUUGCAACUAGGGAGAGUAUACUACUCUGCACAAAGGAACACCCUAUUCAGCAACUAGCAAUGCAUGACGAUGGCAUAUGGGUUGCAACAACCGAUUCUUCUGUUCAUAGAUGGCCUGCGGAAGGUCAAAAUCCUCAGAAAGUGUUUCAAAGAGGUGGUUCUUUCCUGGCUGGGAAUUUGUCAUUUUCAAGAGCAAGGGCUUCCUUGGAAGGAUCUACUCCUGUUCCCGUGUAUAGAGAACCAAACUUCAGUAUUGAUGGAAUUCCAGGGAUUGUGCAGUAUGAAGUCUUGAACAAUAGACGACAUGUUCUGACUAAGGAUAAUGCUGGUUCUGUGAAGCUUUGGGAGAUCACCAGAGGUGUUGUGAUUGAAGACUAUGGACAUGUUUCAUUUGAAAAGAAGAAGGAAGAACUAUUUGAGAUGGUGAGCAUUCCGGCUUGGUUCACCGUAGAUAGUAGACUUGGGAAUUUGUCUGUGCAUUUGGAUACCCCGCAAUGCUUCUCAGCAGAAAUGUAUUCUGCUGAUCUUAACAUCACCGAGAAAGCCGAGGAUGAUAAGGUUAACUUGGCACGAGAGACCCUCAAAGGACUAUUGGCUCAUUGGCUGUCUAAGAAAAAGCAUAAACCUGGGUCUCAAAAUGGAGAAAUUCCAUCUUCUAGAAGUAGUUCACUAUCAAAAGUCGAGGUAGAUAGUAAUGCUGAAAAUGAUUGUGUAGUGUAUCCUCCAUUUGAAUUCUCAACGGUCUCCCCUCCUUCGAUUAUUACCGAGGGUUCCCAAAACGGGCCAUGGAGGAAAAAAAUUACCGAAAUGGAUGGAACUGAAGACGAGAAGGACUUACCAUGGUGGGUUUUAGAUUGCAUUUUGCAUAAUCGUAUGCCCCCACGGGAACAUACCAAGUGUAGCUUCUAUUUACAGCCAUACGAAGGUUCAACUGCACAAACCGUGACACAAGGGAAACUGAGUGCUCCUCGUAUUCUAAGAAUACACAAGGUUGUUAAUUAUGUUGUGGAGAAGUUAGUAUUGGACAAACCAUUGGAUACCUUGAGUAUCGAUGGACCUUUUGCUCCCGGGUUAUCUGGAGGAGAUACCUUUAGAUCUGGACUCAAACCUUGGCAAAAGCUUAAACCAUCCAUCGAAAUUUUAUGCAAUAAUCAGGUGUUGACACCUGACAUGAGCUUAGCGACUGUUCGUGCUUAUAUAUGGAAAAAGCCUGAAGAUCUUACCCUCAACUACAGAAUCGUGCCUGGAAGAUGAAUAGAUGAAUAGAUGUUUCAAUGAGAUAGAUUUCCGGGUUUUAAGAAGUGUGGGGAUGAUAAUCUCUCAUUACAAGUGGUUAUUGUAUUCCACUUGGUUCUGAUACACUAGUUAGUUUUGUGAAUGAUGACGCACUUCCUGAUACAAUCAAGAACGUUGUUGGAAGGGUUGCUAUUUUGAUAUUGUGGACAGAGAGCAAUCGAGUUAAAAGAAAUAGCAGUUGAAUAUGGAAAAGGAUGUUGAGAUCAGUAAAGUUAAAUAUUUAGUAGUAUGAGGAACCAAGUAUUGUACUUGCAAAUAAUACCGUUGUCACCUGUGCCAACCAAGUUAGUUUGUGUUUUGUACAUCUUAUUGAAAUGUCCCAUUUGAUUCCCAUAUUUUUGUAACUAAACAGAACUUUAGAAGAGGACUAAUUAUGAUUUUAUUUGAA